AUGGCGGAACAAACAUAUGAUUAUUUAUUUAAGAUAGUAUUGAUUGGUGAUUCGAAUGUUGGUAAAUCGAAUUUAUUGGAUAGAUUUGUAAAGGGGAAUUUUAAGUUAGAUUCGAAGAGUACAAUUGGUGUGGAAUUUGCUACAAAGAAUGUGAAUUUGAAGAAUGGAAAAAUAGCUAAAGCACAGAUUUGGGAUACAGCAGGACAAGAACGAUAUAGAGCAAUUACAAGUGCAUAUUAUAGAGGAGCUAGAGGUGCUAUUGUAGUCUAUGACAUUGCUUCAAAACAGUCAUUUUAUAACGUUUCUCGAUGGUUAUCAGAAUUAAAUGAGUAUGGAGAUCCAAAUAUGAUCAUUGCAUUAGUUGGAAAUAAAAGUGAUUUGACACAUUUAAGGGAAGUAACUUUUGAAGAUGGAGAACGUUAUGCUCGGAGUAAUAAUUUAUUGUUUUUUGAAACUUCUUGUCUUAAUAAUGAGAAUAUCGACACUACGUUUGGUGAAUUGUUGAAUUUAAUUUGUGAUAAUCAUGAGAAAUUUGGUGAAACUGUUACUGGAUCCCAAGUCUCUAAAACAAUCACAUUAACAAAACCUAAAAAAAUGAAAAAGAAACUUUCCAAAUGUUGUUAA